UGGUUUAUAGAAGCGCUUUAUAAAGAAAAAUAUGCCAAUUUCUUUUUGACUGAUGCUUCUAAUAAAAACGCUUACGAGCAAAAGUGUUUUCUACAUCUGCAAUUCCAAGCAACCCAAAGUCUUGAAAAUUUACAUUAGACUUCUUUGCAAGCAAAAGCAUGAGAGUGAAAAAAUGACGGCGCUUCCAGUCGCAACCAAAGCUCAAACCUCGUACCAGAAACUACUUCAAACCUCUUCAUCAACCCGUUUGCUGUCCCUCAUCAAAUCAUGCACCACAAAAUCCCAUCUUCUCCAAAUCCACGCCCACAUCCUCCGAACGUCGCUCGUUCUGGACCCCACCAUUUCCUUCCGGUUCCUGUCCCUCGUCGUCGCUCUUUCCCCAUUGAAAAGCAUCACAUAUUCCUGCCAAUUCUUCGACCAAAUCGAAAAGCCGACGGCUUUUCACUACAACAAAAUGAUAAGAGCUUACUCCAAGAGCGACUCGCCGGCGGAGGGGUUUUAUCUGUACAGAGAUUUGCGGCGGCGCGGCCUCUGCGCCGACGCUAUGGCGUCGUCUUUUGUCAUCAAGUCCUGCAUUAGAGUUUCGUCGUUGGUGGGCGGGAUUCAGGUGCAUGCUAGGAUUUUGAGAGAUGGGCAUCGAUCAGACAGUCUUUUGCUGACCACUUUGAUGGAUUUGUAUUCGAAUUGCAGGAAGUAUGAUGAAGCGUGUAAGGUGUUUGAUGAAAUGCCCAAGAGAGAUACUGUGGCUUGGAAUGUAUUGAUUUCUUGUUGUUUGCAUAAUAACCGGACAAGGGAUGCUCUGGGUUUGUUUGAUAUUAUGCAGAGUCAGAUACAUAGGUGUGAGCCUGAUGACGUUACGUGUUUGCUUGUGCUACAAGCUUGUGCCAGCUUGAACGCGUUGGAGUUUGGCGAACGGGUUCAUAAGUACAUUGAGGAACACGGUUAUGGUGGUGCUUCAAAUUUGUGCAACUGUCUUGUAUCGAUGUAUUCGCGUUGUGGGAGUUUGGAUAAGGCCUAUGGGGUUUUUAAGGGAAUGCGGGAUAAAAACGUGGUUUCGUGGAGUGCGAUGAUUUCAGGGUUGGCAGUGAAUGGUUAUGGUAGAGAAGCUAUUGAAGCGUUUGAAGAGAUGCAGAAAAUGGGUGUUUUACCUGAUGAUCAGACUUUUACCGGAGUUCUUUGUGCUUGCAGCCAUUGUGGUUUGGUUGAUGAAGGAAAGAUGUUUUUCGAUCUUAUGAGCAAAGAGUUUGGGGUAGUGCCAAAUGUCCAUCACUAUGGGUGCAUGGUUGAUCUUUUGGGUCGUGCUGGUCAACUUGAUCAGGCCUAUCAGCUCAUAACGUCGAUGGAUAUCAAACCAGAUCCUACAAUAUGGAGGACCUUACUUGGGGCUUGCAGAAUUCAUGGCAGUGAUUCCCUUGCAGAACGAGUGGUAGGCCAUUUGAUUGAACUCAAGGCUCAAGAGGCUGGGGAUUAUGUUCUAUUGAUGAAUAUUUACUCUUCAGCUGGGAACUGGGAGAAGCUAACAGAAGUGAGGAAGUUUAUGAAGGAAAAAGCAAUUAAAACUACACCGGGAUGUAGCACGAUUGAACUGAAAGGAGUAGCACACGAGUUUGUUGUGGAUGAUGUUUCACAUUUGCGGAAGGAUGAAAUCUACAAAAUGCUGGAUGAGAUUACUAGCCAGCUGAAGAUUGCUGGUUAUGUUGCAGAUGUAACAUCUGAAUUGCACAACUUGGGAGCAGAAGACAAGGGGCAUGCCCUCUCUUACCACAGCGAGAAAUUGGCUAUUGCUUUCGGUGUUCUGUCAACUCCUCCCGGCACUCCAAUCAGAGUGGCCAAGAAUCUUCGCAUUUGUGUUGAUUGCCACAAUUUCGCGAUGGCUCUCUCAGGGGUUUACAACAGAGAGGUAAUUAUCAGAGACCGCACCCGGUUUCAUCAUUUCCGGGAGGGACACUGCUCCUGCAAUGGCUAUUGGUAGGAAAAUUCAAGAUUUACAGAAAAGAUGAGCAACUGGGAACAAUUUUCUGCAGAUGAAAUGGAUGGUGGUACAUAGUUAUAGUUAAGUAACUAUUGGUGCCCUAAACUUUACAAGAUGAACAGAAAACGACAGUUCAGCUUCCGAAGAACAAUACUUGCAGUCACGGUCUGGUUGCUGGCAAACCUGCUGAAAUUUGCUGAAUGAUACUUUCUUCCCACAUAGCUUCUAUGAGGGCAAGUUUUGUAAACAUUCAUUUUGGACGAUAAGUGAUUUUUCGAACAAUCUAAGUAUCGAAAGUACGAAAGCUUGUAGAACAAGAAAGUAUUGCAAUUGAAAAGUACGGAUUCACAUUC